CAAGUUCUUCUUCAACAUUUCUUUUUUCUUUUUUCUUUUUCUUUUUUCUUUUUAUUUUUUUUUCUUUUUUCUUUUUUCUUUUUUCUUUUUUCUUUUUCCUUUUUCCUUUUUUCCUUUUUUAUCUUUUUUAAAUUCUUAUUUUUUUCUUGUCCUUUUUUUCAUUCCUUUUUCUUUUCCUUUCCCUUUUGUUUUUUUCCUUCUUUUCAUUUUUCCUUUUUCUCUUAUUUUCUCAAUUUUCAAGAAAACCAGCAAACUACAAUUGGGUUAAAAGUUGCAUACCACAAAAAAAGCAAACAGUAGGCCUUGAUGAAGAUCCUAAUGCCCCCAAGAGCAGCACAGGCACAAAUAUGGAAUCCUCAAUGAAAUAACACAGAUGUGAGCUCAGAAAUUGUUCCCAAGUUUAACCUCAUGGUUUACCUUAGAAGUUCAGAAAGUGAGAUCCACAUAAUACUUUCUAAUUUCUACCAUGUGUGAUUGCCUACGUGGUGUUGGUUUCUCCUGUCUUUCUCCAGCUGCUGACCUGUGUUUUAAAAUGAUAGCUAAAAAUACAUGAGUACUUUCCUACGCCUUUUUCCAUGUAAGCCAUUGCUGGAAUCGUCACUGGGAUGUUAUGUGACAGACACAGGAGCAGGUGAUGCCUGUCAGUAGGAAUAGCAGCCUGCAUGACAAUGUCUGUAUGAAAAGGUUUUCCGUACUAUGCGUUACCUCUCGCUCUGUUGUUUUAGCAUGUUUUCUCUUGGCAGUUUCGCAAGGUGCUUUCUUGUUUGCUUUGGAGAUGUGUUUAAACCAAAGGCAGCAAUUGUGUCAGUAGCUUGUGGUGCCAGAGAAUACCAAGACUUUCUGAAAACAUUGCUUCUAGUUUAGGAUGCCUCUAGCUCUCCUGUAAUAGAUUCAGCUGUAGAGAAGAGAGAAGAACAUGUUCUGCAUAAGGUAGGACUUUCUCUAGUACUUUGGCUUUUCUUCUUCCUUUAGAAAAAAUAAUCACCAACAGAUAUUAAGAGCAUUCAUAAUUUUUCCCACUUUACCUUCUAUCUAACCUGGGCAGGACCAAGUUGUGUUUCAGAGAUCAGUAAGAGAAUCUCAUUGAAAAAAAAAGACUGAACCUAUAAAGCACCCUUUCUGCAGCUGUUGGGGUGAGCAGUGCCUUGGCCAUCAUUUCACUGAACACACUCAAAAGGCCUGUGCAUUGUUUUGAGUGGGCAGAGCUGCUCCUGGUUGUCCUCCUUAUCUAGGGGCAGAUUGUUGGACCAAACACCUCACAGAGCCAGGCAGUGAUGAGAUGCCCAGGGAUGAGGGAGGCUAUGAGAUGCAGGACCUUGCACACACCAGUUCAUGGCCAUUUCCCCAGAGCCUACCAACAGUAAGACAGACCAAUCCAUUGAUUUCUGACAACUUUUACAGGUUGGACAGUGUUUUCAAUUUGUUUCUUGUUUUUUGAUGAGGCCUCCAUAGUGCUGUUUUCUUCUGCCCAUUCCACUGUCCCUGCAACAGCCAGUCCUUUGGGCUGCCAGAGUGUCUAAAAUGAUGAUCAGUUACUUAGCAUGAAAUUCAGGAUCAGGAGACAGGGCCUUCUCUUUUGCACACCAGAGACAUUAAACCAGAAAAUCCUACAACCGUAUGCUUUUAGCAAAUGCCAUGGGAUGCCACCACACCCUGCUACUGAGCAGCAUCUGGAACCCUAACAGAAUGGAAAACUUGGAGUGCACUGGUGCAGGAGGCAGCGGGCAGGUCUGGGAAAGAGUGCCAGCUCCUCUCCCUUGGCACCUCAGCUCUCCUCCUCUCACAACACAGGGGUGUCCACUGCAGAGGUUUCUCUGGGACAGGCCAGCCAGCAGGAUAGGGUUGCACUGCUGCCCAUUAGCAUAGUAGGCUGUUACCACUCUGAUGCUGCCUGUGAUAAGUGUCCCCAAAGAACCUAUAAAUAAGUAACUAAGCAGCCCGUCUUAUGCAUCCUAAGUAUUUGUGGGCCAAGAAGACAGGAAACUUUUGAAGGUGGCUUUGCCUCCUCUGCAGGACUUUGCAGUCUGUCCUCCAGACACUGAAAACCAUGUAGCAGCAGUUCCAUAAACCAGUAGCACAUUGAGGCACAUCACAUACAUUAAAAAGAUUGGAAACCAAAAUUCCUCUCCAGAGGAAGAGAGGGAGAUAAAGUACGUGUUAGACCAUUUUGCAGGAUCAGGGAGGAGCCCAAGUGUCUGCCUCAUCAUAUGGCAUAGCUCACAGUGCUGGGAAGUGAAUUCUGCUGGCACAGGGUUCCCCCAUGCAUGGGGAUUACCUGUCUGGAUACUGCCAGUGGGAUUAGAACUGACUUUGUAGUUGAUACAGAGGUGACUAUAUUUCAUUGAUAGAUGACAUAGUUUAAGAGGCACAAGAUGCAAUUUGGGAAAAGACAGUAAGGAAAAAUUAGGGAUGAUGAAUUAGCCUGCUGAGAAUGGUGGUCAUGCUCCCAAACAUGAGGCACUUACUUAGGCCUCCUUCCUUGAGGGGAAACCAAGUUGUUUUCCAAACACUAGGUUAAAGCAGAUUUACCACUACCUUCAUUUUCUGAGGUGGACUCAGAAUUCAGUGUCAUUGUACCACUGCCCUUGCACAGAAUGCAUUUCAGAUUUACAUGGUCACGAUGGUCAUUUGCAGGUGACGUCAUCUUGGAAGAACUGCAGAUGCCCUAAAUAGGUGCCAUAGCUGUUUGUUCAUUUUCUGCUGCUGGCUGGUGAAUAUGGAUCAAACACUCAACCCAUGCAACAUGUCUUGCACCAAAAGCGCACACUUCUGUGGAGAUAAUAAGAUGCUUAUAGACCCUCUGGUGCUGAAGAAGAAGCUCAAUAGGAUGGCAACAGAGCCAGGAGCCUUUGCUGUUCUCAGCAGUCUGCUGCUAUACGUCACCGAGCUCGCGGCCGGGGAUCCACAGAUCAGCAACAAGAGGACAAAAUGGGCAGAAGGUAAAGAAAACCAGGUGAGCUCUAACCAGCCAUGUCCAGAUCCAAUCAGGGUUCAAUAUCCAACCAGAUUUCAGCUCUUGAGGUCCAGGUUUCUAAACAACAAUCGUGAGCCGUACACCAAGAAGAGAAGAGAAGUUGGCAAACUGGUCAUUAAAGAGAAGAUGUGGGCGAGCAGGACUGGUAACAAGCUAGACAGAAGUAGAGACAGGAAGGGAGAUGGAAAAGCAGUGGAGGAGGAUGCAGAUGUAACACCCAGUGAGAGGGCAAGAUGGAGUAGCGUGACUGGAAAAAACACAGUGAAGAACAUCCUGAAGAAAUUUUUAGCUGCUGAAGAAAAAGAAGCCAAGGAGAAGUCUCCCAGCUGGAAAAAGAAGGGAACAAACAGCAGUUUGCCAAAAAUAGUCAACAAGAAUUCAGUCUUGUCCAAACUGAAGGAGCAGUUUGAACAAAGCACUCUCUGCUCAGCUGCAGAGGUGAAAGCAUCACUCUUGCGCAAAGGUGAGAGAAAGACUAAAAACUUCCCCAGCAGAAAAGCUAUUCAUAAGCCUGAGGUCAGAGUGCUGCGCAUGGCAGCAAUGACAGCCACAGGUAUAAAGAGUCCAGAGUCACAAAAUUUAGUGUGCUCUGUGGUCCCAGUGCCCAGACUCAGCAUGGCUACCAAAAUUAACCAUCCUUGGAGCUGGUCGAAAAAUAAUGCCACAAAGCAGCCUUUUGGUCACGCCACACUACUGAUGGAAAAGGAGGGAUCCAGCAGAGAUCACGGAGAGAACAAAACACUGGCAAAUGCAGCACAGGACAGGGAGGACAAAGAAGAGUUACUGGUGGCACCAGGGGCCAUGUCAGAUGUGAAGGACUGUGCUGAGGCUAAAAUAGAUUCCACAAAACAGGGACCCAACUUUCAUCUUGUUCUAGAUAACUCUUCAAUUAUGCAUAAAAACAAAGCUCUUGCAAACUGCAUUCCUCCCUUACCUGAAUGUGGUCUAGACUGUGACAGGACUAACACGCCAGCUGGGCCUGACAUAUCUUCACUAUUGGGAAUUACCAAUGCUCUGCAACAUGUUAAGGAAGACAGCCCACCUUCUGACUCACCUGACUAUAGCACAGCUGAAGAAUCCCAUGAACAAAGUCCUCAGGAUACUAAACCAGGAGAGAUUCCUGAAAUAUCUCUGUAUGUAUACUGUUCAGACGAAGAUGACACAGAGCUCACAGAGCCAGAAAAGGAUCCUUUCUUUCCAGGCCAAAAAUGUUUUCCAGAGCAGAAAGUACUGGAAAACAUUCUGCCAUUUUACUCUCCAAAAUUUUCAGCAUCUUGUGAACUUGAGUCUUCCAUGGAUGAUAGACAGCUGACUGUCCUAACACCAGCUUCUGGCACAAAGCCACCAAUAGAGGCGCUGGAUUUAAGAGUCAAAUGUUCAAAGGAAGCCAAAAAAGAAGCAACAUUUCACAGUGAAGACAAAAAGUCUUCUAGCAAAAAUGAUAGUGAUGUCCCAAACAUAGAGGAGGAGGAGGAGAAUAAGACACCCAACAGCCAAAUGCAAAAUGGAUUAAAAACUAUGCAGGCUCAGCCUCCUCAAGUGUAUUUUAGCUCACAAAAUAACUUUAAUGUUUCUAAUGGGGACAUGCCAGUUCCAGAUGCAAAUCAGAACAAACCUACACUCUUCUCAGAUGAGAGCCUGGAGCCAAAGCCUGGUGCUGCAGAGGAGGAGGACACCUCUUCUUUGGAAAAGAUACUGAGCCCUUUGCCAGGUGACCUUGUGAAGCAUAGUUUCUUUAUUUCAGAAGAUUUUGGGCAGGACAACUUAUCUUCAUCAAAUGAAGUGAUGAAUCACUCAAACAACCAAGCCCUGCAAAGGAGUUCCUUAACUGACCUGGAGACCUGCCACAAGCCAUCUGAAUCUUUCAUUGAGCAUGAAGAGGGCACUGCAGAUGAGAUGCCCUGGUCUGACUCUGAGGCAUGGCAGUCACCCUUGUCAAUCCCUUUACCAAUAUCAAUGAGUGGGAUUGCAGGACAAAGUAUCCAUCAGACUCUUGGAAAUCCUCCAGCACUUUCACCUAUUGAUCUGAUGGGACAGGGAGCUGGUGCUGUGGGACAUGAGCAUGACAGCCAUGGCUGUGAGAAGCAUCCACAAGCCCUUUCAGAUGAGCUGACAGAUGGUGGGGAUGACACAAUGGGGAAGAAGAAAACUAUGUUUGAUUUUAAGAACCAAGCACGAUUUCCAGAUCAUGCAACAGAAAAUGAAAACUCUACAGACAAAGAGACAAAUUCAUGUCAGAGACUUGAGAACUGUCUUUCACAUUCAACCACAAAGCCAGGAAAACGUGACAAUAAAACCACACUAUCAGGAAAUCCCCUACUACCCUUGGAGAAGAGCCAAACACCAAUAUUAGAUGAUACCAAAAAGCAUGGAUGUGAUAUGCUAGAAGAGAACCCAAUUCCUUCAUCAACUGCAUUGGUCUCAAAUCAAAAGAAGGAUGCAAAAAGUAGAAAUAAAAUAUCUGAAUACACAAGGGAUAAGCUCUUCUCCUCAGAUGAUGACAUGAAGCAUGAAAGUGAUAGGAUGGAGAGAGAGGAGAAAGAAGAGAUAAAUGUCUUGCAUAAAUUUGAGGAGGAACAAGUAUUUACACCAAAUGAUUCUGUGGACUAUGAUAAUAACUCUUCAAAGGAAAAUGAUGCUCAUAGUCCUCAAACAUCCCAGUUACCUUCAUCAGAGAAUGAUACUAACAUUCAAGGAGUGAAAAAUACUGGACGGAGUUUGGAGCAUCUAGCAUCUCCAAGAGAUUUGGUGAAACACAAACAUGAUAUGACAGGCGAUGAAAACAUCUAUUGCAAUAAUAGGAAAAAACAUCUGGACUCAUCAGAUGAGCCAAUGAAACAUACAAAUGACAGUGAAGAGCUAGAAAACCUUGAGUCAGACUUCCACAAUUAUUCAGUGCCACCAAGAAAUACAACAAGGCAGGACAGUAAGAUGGCUGAUGAGGACUUUACUGCUCUAGAGACACAGAAACAGAUGUCACCAGGUGACCUUGUAAAGCCUGAAACUGAGCCAGACAAAAAAGAGACUAAACAUACCUCUGAGAAGUUCCAGUCACCUUCUUCAAACAAUGUGCCAAAUUGUCAUGACAGAAGUUCUUCAGGAGAGAGGAAGCAAAAGAUACCAGAAGCGGAAGACACUGGAUCACCUGAAACAGAGGUAGUAAAAGAGGAUAUUGAGCAGCAGUUUUCUGGGAAGCACCAGCUACCUCCAUCAAGAAAAUCAGAAAUGGAUGAGCAAAAUAUUCCAGGAGACAAACAGCAAAUGAGAUUUGAAGAUUUUCUGACACCUGAUACAAAUACUGCAAAAGAGAAAGACAGAAUUCCAAGUUCCAGGAAGUAUCCAUCAGUACCACCAGAAACAUUGGUUAAGCCUCAAGAAAAAAUUACUCCAGAACAAAAGCAAAAAACAUCAGAUUCUUCAGGUUUUAAGAAGCCUAGUACUAAUUAUGUAAAAGAAAAGGAUGGAGAUCCAAAUUCUGAGAAGCUGCCUUCUUCAAAAGAAGUGCUGAAGCCUCAAGAAAAAAGCACUUCAGGAGACAGGAAGCAAAAGAAACCAGCAGGAGAGGACACCAGGUCACCUGAAGAAAAGGCUGUAAAAGAGAAAGAUAAAUACCAAGGUUCUGGGAACCAUCCAUUACCUCCAUUAAGUAAAUUACUGAAGCCUGAGAAAAAUAUUCCAGGAGGAGAAAAACCACAAACUGUAUCAGAAACUUUUACAAAGACUAAUGCAAAUGCUCUAAAAGAUAAAAGCAAAGAUCCAUCUGCUGGGAUGUGCCAGUCCCCACACCCAAAUUUGCCUGUGAAGUCUCAAGAAAAUAAUGACACAACCAAAAAGGAGCAUUUGCCACCACCACAUGAUGAAAAGCCAACAUAUAAAGCUGGUAGUCCAGAAAAGAAUAGUGAACCUGAGAGAAGAGAGAAAUACCAGCUAGGCUCUUCAGCUCAAUCAGAGAGGCACAGCAUUGAUGGCUCAAGACAGGAGAGCCCUGUGGAUGAUUUCAGAAACUAUCAAUCUCCAUUGCCAAGCAAUGGCAUAAACUGUCAAAGCAGUGUUGCCCCAAAAGAGACCAGUUUGUCUAAUACAGAGAAAUCCCCCAAAUCAUCUUCAUCAUUACAUGUUGCAUCAAAAGAUGAGGUAAAUCCUACUGGAAGCAGGGAAAAGCAGCCUGGAUUUAAGAAGUACAAAGCACUCUCGUCAAAGACGUUGGUGGGGCAUGAGAAAGAUGCUGCUGAAAGGGAGGGGAGCAGGCAGGCAGCUGGCAAAACAAGUGAGAAAAAAGCAGAGCUGGAGGACUGCUCCAAAGUAACACCAUUCUCAAAAUACACAGUGGAAAGCUACAGUGAAGGAUCCUUAGAUUCAGCUUUCAAACCAUUGAUCAUUAGAGUAACUGACACAUUUAAACAUCACAGCUAAAAAUUACAGCUACAGCUUAGGCAAGAACUUACGACAGAUCAUGCUACCGAUUCACUUGAUCUUUCUUUUCUCCUUUUUUCUCCAGGGCAUUAUAUUAUCAUUUUUUAAUCACAAGGACAUUGAAGUGCAUAUAUCAGAGAUAGGGUUUUUUUCUUUCUUAAACAUUAGCCUGAAGACAUGAAUUAAAUUAAUCACUGCAAGUGAAUUAGCUAAUCACUGAAUUAAUCAUCAGUUUAUAAAUUAAAUAUGAGAAGGGCUUUGAGAUCAGCGUGAAUUCAGCCCUGCUUCAAAUUCUCCUUGCUAACUAAUGGGCUUUGUUUGUAACAAAGACAACUGUUCAGGCUGAACUCUAUUUGUAUUUACUUGUUCUAAUGAAACUCUGCUAGUACUUCUUUCAGGAAUAGUGGUAGGCAGUAUAGUUUUAAUUAUGUCAAAAAGCACUUGUUCUAAGCUCUGCCUUUUCACAGAUUAGCAGGAACUGUUGAUCUAUUGCUGCACUGAGUGACACUGUUAGCAGAAGUAGUGAGGGAAGGAGGGGAAUGCUUCAUUUAUCUGCAGAAAAAUCCUCAAAGGACAUUGAUGGUACAAGGGGAUUUACCGCAAAUGCAAAUGGUCAGCCUCAUUAAUAUUAAUAUUGGAAAAAUUGUGAUUUUACCUCCUCUGAAGCUAUUUGCACUCUGUCCACACACACUGUAUGCAUUAUUGCUGUAAAAGUAUGCCAUUUCAAGAGGUUCUUAAUUACUGCAAAUGAAUAUGCAACAAGUGUAAGAGCUCAAAAAAGCUCAAUGCUGAAAGGCCAUGAGGACAAGGUAAGCCAGAGGGGCUCAACACUUUGACAUAGCAAUUCAGCUUUUCCUGGGACAUCUGUCCCAUUCCAAAUGCUGGGGCACACAGACAUGAGGCAGGUGUCUCAGCUCACAUUUAAAGUCUUAGAAAGUUUUUAUUUUACAAUGCAAUGUGAAACAGAGCAGUAAAAAGCAGCCAGUGUCACUGAAUCCUACUAAUGGGGUAUGAAUUUUUGUGUUUACAAUAAUAGCAUCUUCUGCAAAAGGUUUGUGUUUGAUGAACAUUGUUCUGGAGAAGGGAGGGCAGGGUUGCUGCCUGGGGUGUCUUUGUAAAGCUGUGACAGACAGGACGUCUCACAGUGCCAGCUCUCCCAUACGCAAGUUUAGCCUAGCAUUUAAACAGCACAUUCGUAUUAAAACUUACUGUGGAGGAACCUAAAGGCAUAUCCUAAGGACUCAACUUCAGCAGGAGAGAGGGUUCAUACAAACAAGGCCCUGCUUCCCUGUGGCAGUGAAUUCCCUAGCAUUUUUAUGAUGCUCUCCAUAACCACCCUCUGCAGCUGAGGGCUGGCUGUUCCUUAAGCCCAGGUUGGCAGAAUGCCCCCACCCACUGCCAUCAAGAGACUGAGGACAAGAACAGGCUGGCAGCAAGCUGAGAUCAAACCCAUUUGUCAGCACAAUGCACACGAGUCACAUAUGUGACAACAGUGCUGGCCCAGUCGGGGACAUUGCUGGGAGGAAGUGGGAAUGUGAACAUCAUGUCUUCUGACCACUGAAGAGGCUUAAACUUUGAUUUCAUUUUCCUUCCCAACCUGCCAAGAAUUAGGCUUUCUGGCAUACAGAGGGUCACAAAAUAAAAAAUGUAUUGGUAUAUCAUACCAGUGCUCAAAAACUGAAAUAGAUUUUAUUGGAGAUACAACACUGCCCGUGCACACAGGGGUUUACUUCGCCCACCAAACUUUUAUAAGCUGGGAACAGUAAAGGCCACUUUGUACUAAGCCAAAAGCACAAUUUACUUUUUAUUGUCCAUAAUUUCACUUCACAUUUGAGAAAAGUCCUUACAGCAUGGAGCAUUUGCACCAGACUUGAAUAAUAAAUUCUCUAUUAGCUGUCUUCUUCUGCCUGCACAGGAAUAUCACAGAGUCAUAGAAUCGUUGUGGUUGGAAAAGAUUUCUAAGAGUAUUGUGUCUACCCAUUACCAGCACCACCAAGUCCACCACUAAAACAUGUCCCUAAGCAUCACAUCCACAUAUUUUUUGAACCCUUCCAGGGAUGGUGGCUCCACCAUUUCCCUGUGCAGCCUGUGCCAAUCCCUGACACUCAUUUUGGUGAAGGAAGCUGUCCUAAUAUCCAAUCUAAACCUCCCCCAGCACAACUUGAGGCCAUCUCCUCUUGUCCAUUGCUUGUUACCUGGGAGAAGAGACCAACACAAACCUCACUAAAACCUCCUUUCAAGCAGUUGUAGAGAGUGAUGAGGUCCCUUCCUCAGUUUCCUUUUCUCUAGGCCAAACACCCUCAGCAGAUCCUCAUCAGUCUUGUGCUCCAGACCCUUCACCAGCUCCAUUGCUCUUCUCUGGACAUGCUCCAGCCCCACAAUGUCCUUCUUGUAGCAAGAAGCCCAAAACUGAGCAUAGGAUUUGAGGUGUGCCCUCCCCAGUGCUGAGUGCAGGGGGACAACCCCUGCCCUGGUCCUGCAGGCCACACUAUUGCUGAUCCAGGCCAGGUGCCCCUGGCCUCCUUGGGCACCUGGGCACUGCUGCCUCAUGUUCAGUCCCAGAUCCUUUUCUUCCAGGCACCUUUCCAGCCUCUCUGUCCUGUAGCACUGCCUGGGGUUAUUGUGACCCAAAGGCAGGAGCCAGCACUUUGCCUUGAUGAACCUCACACCACUUGAUCUCAGCCCAUCGAUCCAGCCUGUCCAGACCCCUCUGCAGAGCCUUCCUGCCCUCCAGCAGAUCAACACUCCUGCCCAGCUUGGUGGCACCCAGGAACUGACUCACAGCAGGCUCAAUCCCCACAUCCAGAUCAUUGAUAAAGGUAUUAAACAGAACUGGACCCGGUACUGAGUCCUGGGGAACAUCACAGGUGACCAGACACCAGAUGGAUGCAACUCCAUUCACCCUCAGCCUCUGGGCCUGGCCAUCCCUCUUGUUUUUUAGCCAGCAAACAGUUCACCCAUCCUAGCCAAGAGCAGCCAAAUCCUCCAGGUCAAUGCUGUGGAAAAUAGUGCCAAAGGCUUUAUUAAGGUCGAGUUAGACAAUAUACUCAGUCUUUCCCUUAUCCACUAGACAGGUCACCUUGUCAUAGAGGGAGUUUUAACUAAUCUUAUUAGACUUUAAUUAUUCUAAUUUUAAGCCAUCUCAAUUAUUCUUUUCCUAACCUUUUAAAAGAAACUGGGGGGGGGACUUUGCCCCUUAUUCCCACCUGGGAAUAUAGUAAUAUUUCUGUAACAAACUGUAAACUCUGUAACAAAUUGAAGUUCUUGUCUCUGCCAGAAAGUUAGACAAAUAUUAAGCAGGUACUUCUCAGCAGAGCUUGUCCUUUUCACACCAGGAGGCCCUUAAGUCUUUCAUUUUACACCUGCCUUGUUUGCUUUUCUCAACAGAGAUGCAACACUAGCAGACUAAGAUCCAGCAUCCUGUGUUCAGGGUAAGCCAGGCAGAGUCAUCUUGUGGGGGUCAACUUUUAGGUUGCGGCAUGCCUCAAUCUCUGCUGGUAAAAUAAAACAUCCAUCCAAGUCAAAUGACCCUCCCCAAAGUACACUUAAAACCUGACAUAUAUUUGCAUUAAAUGUAUCCUUAUGGGUAAAGCCUCACUUAAGGAAAUCACUUCAUGCUGGGAGUUAGCACACUUAAUCCUUCAGGAAAGAAGAGAGCAAGGCCAUAAAAAUUCCAGUGAUGAUGGAGCAGUAGAAGACCGGUGUGCCUUGCAGUAAACAAGUCACUACAGACCAUGUGGGCAGGAAAUUUAGCACUGGUGAUAAGCAAAGAAAUGCCAGAAAUGAGUAUUUCAGAAAGAAAACUAGUUUGAGGAAUGAUAUAUUAAUCUAUGCAAAUGGUGCCAGGUGUGCAAAUGGUCAGGCUUGAACUCUUAUUAGACCCUUUCUGACACAAAACAGUUUCAUUCCCAGUGUCCAGUAGUCCUUCAUAAAUUUUUUACCCCCAGGAGCAGAGCCCUUCUGUCCCUGCUAUCCUCUAGGCAUAUCUCCACUUCAUCACAGGAGAGGCAGUGAACAGAGCCCUCCUAGCUGCUGUUUCAAUUUAUCUGACCUAAUAACAGAUACUUUUGAGGCAUCUGCCAGCACAUCUCUUUGCUUUUGUGGUUCUGGACAAUGGGUGUAAUUCUAUGCAGUUCUGUUCCUUUUCCAGACUACAGCCCUAUGUUUUACUAAUACAGUUCUCAAGGCAAGCAUCUCUCAAGGUCACUGGAGAAAUUAUAUCCUCAGCCUAUACUAAAUGUAACAGUAAUUUUUUUUAGAAAUGGUUUCUUAAGGCCCUGGCUUAGCUAUAGACACAGAUACACAAUCACAACCAGGCCAGAAACAGGGAAUAUAAAAAAACCCCAAAGCCCAGGUAGACAAGGUUUUUCAAGGUCCUUCUAUGGUGGGAAAUUUGAAUAUGAAGAAAUUUUGAAAUUUCAUAUUUUUAUGGAAUUGGACUCUCAUGGAAAGAGAUUUUUUAAGGAGACUGAGCAAAAUUAAUGACAAUAUUAUUGCUUCAAGCAUAGGUCCAUUGCUUUGGUAUCUCCGAAGUGAAGCUUUCCAGAAGUUUUUGAAUAAAAGAGGCAUUUAGGGGGAGUCCAGACACUGAGCUGGAGCUGGGGUACUUGAAGGAUCCCAUCUGCAGAAGCAGGUCUGAGGGGGACUCAGUAACUAGUGGUGCAUAGAGACUGAGGCAGCAGAGAAGACAGGCAGGCUCCCAGCACCAGCCGUCAGUAAAGUCCUUCAGACUUUUUUAUGUCCUCUCUAAUUAGGCCAUAGUCAAAUCUCAGAACAAAUUCAACUGCCCCCGGGAUGUGCCUCUCUCUCCCUCCAUCUCCUGCAGCAACACAGUCCUUGAUUUAGGUGUUUGGGGCUGACUGGGAUAAACCCAGGCCUCAGAAUCCCAGGUUUGCAAAGAGACAAUCACUUUCUCCAAAAGUUUCAUGAAGUUUCAUGAUGCCUAUAUUUCUGGGACUUCAGGUCAUAGGAGAGCUCAGAGCGCCAUAGGAGAGCUUCCCCUCCCCCCAGUUCAGAAAGGGAUGCUCAGCCAUGCUGGAUGAGUAUUGUCUCUAUAUAACAAAGAUAUUUUUCUUUCUUUUUUAAGUUGAUUUUUUUUCAUUAAUUUCAGAUUUUAAAAGGGCACAUAAAGCAUAGCUAUUCCCAGCCCAAAAAAGCCCAAAUCUUAUGAAAGUUUACCCCAUGGAAGAACAGAGGCCAGUGCUGUAUCAUGAGAAACAACUGGUCCACUACAGUGUCAGGAAAUGUGUCACUGCUUUCACCCAGACAUCAAAACCAGGAAGAAAUAGUUGUCCUGGUAGUACCAUCUGAUUCCAAAUUGUUCAAGUGAAAUUAAAAAAAAAAAUUAACGAGUGUGCACUCUUGGCUAUGAAGUGUAUAACUCAGUAAUUGAUCGGCACCUUCUUCAGUUGGAUAACCUUUAACACAUCACACAUGACAAAAAAGAUAGAGACCAAGACCUUAAGUUGUACUUUUUGACUCAGGUUUCCCCCUUUAUACUAUUUUGGAGCUGAUAAAAGAAGAAAGCACUAAAGAGAACAGAAGAGAUCUCAUAUCCCAGCACACAGGACUACUCUGCAUCUGUCCCAGGCACAAUACGCUGCAGAUGAAAUCUGGGCUGCUGACAGUAGAAAUGCCCCACCUAAUGGUUGAAUUUGUAAAGCGGGAUGCAGGCAAGCAGUGGUGAAAGCAGAGGAAAAAUAGUGCCAGAAAUAGUAGGAAAACAUUUCUUCUCUUAUUCCUGUGCACUAUGGACACCAUCCAAAAGAAGUUUGUCUGGUUGAUCAGAGAAACCUGACAAGUAAUAGCCGGGAUUCUUACAGGUUUUGGGGCAGGGGGUUUCUCUGGAACACUAAAGUAAAUCUCUGUUACCUGAGAAAUGAGCACAGGGUUAUGUAUUAUCAGAAAAAUAUUUUAACUAUUGCACUCAAAAUGCAGUUCCCAAAUUUUAGUAGGUCCUGUGAGCCUUAUUUCUCCUUUUCAUUUCUAUAAACUUAUUUUUAUAGAAUUUAAAUAUUUUUCACUCCUUGAUGAGAAUUUAGGAAAAAUAGGGAGAGAAGAAAGCUUGCUAGGUAUCUGCUUUCCUGCCAACUAAAAUAUUUUUUGUAUACUGAAUAACCAAAGAAUCAGCAGGUCAGUAUUUUACCUCUUUUGACCUGAAAGACCUGAAACAGUUUAGGGAAUUGCUACACACUUCCUUUUACUGUACUUGGUGGUAACAUCAAUGUGCCCUCAGUUGUAGAUGCAAGAAUAACUGUGUAAAAUGGUGAGAUUUUCAUUUGGCAAACAAGCACUACAGCAGGCUCUCAGUGAUGCUUGUCACGCGACAGCAGAAAUGUACUGCCAGGGGGAAGAAUCACUGGGAAAUAAAGCCAUAAAAAUCUAUGGUGCAUUGAACUGCUUAUCCUCAAAAAGCCACCAAAUAGCUGUCAUGGGCUCUCUUUUAAAAAAUUGAUAUUGACCUCGAAUAUCCAAAAAGGGGUAUCUUAUCACAGAUCUGAUUUUUGGGGAAAGUGCUCAGCAUUUGCUCUCUGAAAACCAAGAUUCUUUCAUAAGAUGCCUCAUGGCAGGCAACCAAAGCCCCUUCUAAAUAAAAUGCCCUCGAUUCCAGAAAUGCAGCAGUUUCAUGGGUCUCUACUUGCCCCUGCACCUACAAAAGAAAAGCAUGUGAGCAAAAGAAUUGGUGUGCAGAGACAGCCAUCUCCCUGCACCCCCAAAGGGAAUGCAGCCAGUGCCAUGCUUUUACCACAAAGAAUUUCAACUACUUUCUGCAGGCUACACACCAUUUUGAUCUGAACAACAGCAUUUGCUGCAGUUUCUGGUUGAGAUGCAAUCUAAAUAGUAGGUGAACCCUUCCCAUCACUGUACUUCCCAAGACUUCUGGAAGGAAUCAAAGAAAGAAGCCUUUUGGACACUUUAGAGCACAUCCUUCUCAAGAAACCUUGUGAAGUCAAAUUACACCAUCAGAGUGAAAUCCUUGUGCCCCUUGGGAUCUGUACCAAUACAAUGGACUAUCAAAAGGCAGCUCUGGAUUGCUAACCCAGUUACUGAGAUCUUUCUUCUCAGGAAUGGGAACAGUGCAGGCAGCAGUGACCCAAACACCCAAAUAAGGUCCCACCAAAUAUCUCUCAACUCUAACUGUCUCCAAGCUCCAGGACACUUAUUGCAGAAGACCAGAAAUUCCCAAAAGACAUCUUCUUUAUUAAUUACUUUAAAUUACACACAUAAUGUGACAAGAAAGUCUCUACCAUUGUCAUGCCAUACAGAUUUCUCAAUAAAAAUGUUUUCCUCCUCAGAGGGUUCCUUA